AUGCUGGAGAAGUUCUGCAACUCUACUUUUUGGAAUUCCUCAUUGCUGGAUAGCCCGGAGGCGGACCUGCCACUUUGCUUUGAGCAAACUGUUCUGAUAUGGAUUCCCUUGGGCUUCCUUUGGCUCCUGGCCCCUUGGCAACUUCUCCAUGUGUAUAGAUCCAGGACCAAGAGAUCUUCUAUAACCAAACUCUACCUUGCUAAGCAGGUGCUUGUUGGGUUUCUCCUUAUUCUAGCAGCCAUAGAGCUGGCCUUUGUACUCAUAGAAGACUCUGGACAAGGCACGGUCCCUGCCGUUCGAUAUACCAAUCCAAGCCUCUACCUGGGCACAUGGCUCCUGGUUUUGCUGAUCCAACACAGCAGGCGCUGGUGUGUGCAGAAGGACUCUUGGUUCCUGUCCCUCUUCUGGAUUCUCUCAAUACUCUGUGGCACUUUCCAGUUUCAGACUCUGAUCCGAAUGCUUUUAAAGGGCAACAAUUCCAGUCUAGCCUACUCCUGCCUGUUCUUCAUCUGCUAUGCAUUCCAGAUCCUGAUCCUGGUCCUUUCAGCAUUUUCAGAAAAAGGCUCAUCAGAUAAUCCAUCACUCACGGCUUCAUUUCUGAGUAAAAUUACCUUUAGUUGGUAUGACAGCAUUGUUCUGAAAGGCUACAAGCAGCCUCUGACGCUCGAAGAUGUCUGGGAUGUGGAUGAACAGAGUAAAACCAAGAUGCUAGUCAGCAAAUUUGAAACACACAUGGCCGGGGAGCUGCUGAAGGCCAGGCGGGCACUGCAGAGACGGCAGCAGAAAGCCCAGAGGAACUCUGGAACCAGGCUGCAUGGGCUGAACAAGAACCAGAGCCAAAGCCAAGAUGUCCUUGUUCUGGAAGAAGCUAAAAAGAAAAAAAAGAAGUCUGGGACCGCAGAAGACUUUCCUAAGUCCUGGUUGGUCAAGACCCUCUUCAAAACGUUCUAUAUCAUACUCCUGAAGUCGUUCCUGCUGAAGCUGGUGCACGACGUACUCAUGUUUCUGAACCCUCAGCUGCUGAAAUUGCUGAUCUCCUUCGCAAAUGAGCGUGACUCCUAUGUGUGGACUGGGUAUCUCUAUUCAAUCCUCUUCUUCGUUGUGGCCCUCCUCCAGUCUUUCUGCCUGCAGUACUACUUUCAGUUGUGCUUCACGCUGGGCGUAAAUGUACGGACAACCAUCAUGGCUUCCGUCUACAAAAAGGCACUGAACCUUUCCAACCGGGCGAGGAAGCUGUACACCGUUGGAGAAACAGUGAACCUGAUGUCUGUGGAUGCCCAGAAGCUCAUGGACGUGACCAGCUUCAUCCACCUGCUGUGGUCAAAUGUUCUACAGAUUGUCUUAUCCAUCUACUUCCUAUGGAUAGAGUUGGGACCCUCAGUAUUAGCGGGUGUUGGGGUGAUGUUGCUCCUAAUCCCAGUUAAUGGGAUAAUCGCCACCAAGAAUAAGGCUAUUCAGGUAAAAAAUAUGAAUCAGAAAGACAAACGUUUGAAGACCAUGAAUGAAAUUCUCAAUGGAAUGAAGAUCCUGAAAUAUUUUGCCUGGGAACCUUCAUUCAAAAACCAAGUCAGUGACAUUCGGAAGAAAGAGCUCAAGAAUCUGCUCACCUUUGGGCAGAUGCAGUCCAUGAUAGUGUUCCUCUUGUACUUAACUCCAGUCCUGGUAUCGGUCAUCACAUUUUCAGUUUACGUCCUGGUGGAUAGCAAUAAUGUUUUGGAUGCAAAAAAGGCCUUCACCUCCAUCACCCUCUUCAAUAUCCUACGCUUCCCCCUGAGUAUGUUCCCCAUGAUGAUCUCCUCCCUGCUCCAGGCCAGUGUUUCCAAGGAACGGCUGGAGAAGUACUUGGGAGGGGAUGACUUGGACACCUCUGCCAUCCGACAGGACUGUAAUUUUGACAAAGUCGUGCAGUUUUCUGAGGCCUCCUUUACCUGGGACCAGGAGACGGAACCCACAAUUCGAGAUGUGAACCUGGACAUCAUGCCGGGCCAAUUGGUGGCUGUGGUGGGCACUGUGGGCUCUGGGAAAUCCUCCUUGAUGUCAGCCAUGCUGGGAGAAAUGGAAAAUGUCCAUGGGCACAUCACCAUCAAGGGCAUGAUAGCCUACGUCCCACAGCAGUCCUGGAUCCAGAAUGGCACCAUCAAGGACAACAUCCUUUUUGGAUCAGAAUUAGAUGAAAAGAGAUACCAGCAAGUUCUAGAGGCCUGUGCCCUCCUCCAAGACUUGGAAGUGCUGCCCGGGGGAGACCUGGCUGAGAUUGGAGAGAAGGGUAUAAAUCUCAGUGGGGGUCAGAAGCAGCGCAUCAGCCUGGCCAGAGCUACCUAUCAAAAUGCAGAUAUCUAUAUUCUGGAUGACCCCCUGUCGGCCGUGGAUGCUCACGUGGGAAAACACAUUUUCGAUAAGGUCUUGGGUCCCAAUGGCCUAUUGAAAAGCAAGACUCGAUUCUUGGUUACACAUAGCAUUCACUUUCUUCCCCAAGUGGAUGAGAUUGUGGUUCUGGAGAAUGGCACCAUCUCCGAGAAGGGGUCCUACCGUGCUCUGCUAGCCAAGAAAGGACUGUUCGCUAAGAACCUGAAGACAUUUGUAAAGCAGACGGGUCCUGAAGGAGAAGCCACAGUCAAUGAGGACAGUGGAGAAGAAGAUGACUAUGGACUGAUGACCAGUGUGGAGGAAGUCCCUCAGGAUGUAGCCCCCUUGACCAUGAACAGAGAAAACAGCCUUCAUCGAACACUUAGCCGCAGAUCUAGGUCUAGUAGCAGGCGUCUGAAGACCCUGAAAAACUCCUUGAGAACUCAGACUGUGAAUACCCCGAAGGAGGAGAAAGAACUAGUGAAAGGACAAAAAUUAAUUGAGAAGGAAUUCAUACAAACUGGAAAGGUCAAGUUCUCCAUCUACCUGAAAUACCUACAAGCAGUAGGAUGGUGUUCAAUUUUCUUCAUCGUCUUUGCCUAUGUAACCAGUUUUGUGGCUUUGAUUGGAUCCAAUCUCUGGCUCAGUGUUUGGACCAGUGACUCUAAAACCUUCAAUGCCUCCAACUAUCCUGCCUCUCAGAGGGACAUGAGAAUCGGCGUCUAUGGAGCUCUGGGGUUAGUACAAGGUAUCGCUGUGCUCAUAGCCAAUAUCUUGAGUGUCUAUGGUUUCACCCACGCAUCAAACAUCCUGCACAAGCAACUGCUGAACAAUAUCCUUCGAGCACCCAUGAGUUUUUUCGACACAACACCCAUAGGCCGGAUUGUGAACAGGUUUGCUGGAGAUAUUUCCACCGUGGAUGACACACUCCCCAUGUCCUUGCGCAGCUGGAUUCUGUGUUUCCUGGGGAUCGUGAGCACCCUGUUCAUGAUCUGCUUGGCCACUCCAGUCUUCAUCAUCAUCAUCAUUCCUCUCGGCAUAAUUUAUGUGUCUGUUCAGAUAUUUUAUGUGGCCACUUCCCGCCAGCUGAGACGUUUGGACUCUGUCACCAGGUCCCCAAUCUACUCUUUCUUCAGUGAGACUGUGUCGGGUUUGCCUGUCAUCCGUGCAUUUCAGCACCAGCAGCGAUUUCUUAAACACAGUGAGGUGUUGAUUGACACUAACCAGAAAUGUGUCUAUUCCUGGAUUAUCUCCAACAGGUGGCUUGCAGUUCGUCUGGAGCUGGUUGGGAACCUGAUUGUCUUCUUUUCAUCCUUGAUGAUAGUUAUUUACAAAAUGAACCUAAGUGGGGACAUUGUGGGCUUUGUUCUGUCCAAUGCACUCAAUAUCACACAAACCUUAAACUGGCUAGUGAGGAUGACGUCAGAAAUCGAGACCAACAUUGUGGCUGUUGAGCGAAUAAAUGAGUACAUAAAUGUGGAAAAUGAGGCACCCUGGGUGACUGAGAAGAGGCCCCCAGCCGGUUGGCCCAGCAAAGGGGAGAUUCAGUUUAACAACUACCAAGUACGGUACCGGCCUGAGCUGGAUCUGGUACUGAAAGGGAUCACUUGUGACAUCAGGAGCCAGGAGAAGAUUGGUGUGGUGGGCAGGACAGGAGCUGGGAAGUCGUCCCUGACCAACAGCCUCUUCAGAAUCCUAGAGGCUUCCGGUGGCCAGAUCAUCAUUGAUGGGGUAGAUAUCGCUUCCAUUGGGCUCCACGACCUCCGAGAGAAACUGACCAUCAUCCCCCAGGAUCCCAUCCUGUUCUCUGGAAGCCUGAGGGUGAAUCUGGACCCUUUCAACAACUACUCAGAUGAGGACGUUUGGAAGGCCCUGGAGCUGGUUCACCUCAAAUCCUUUGUGGCCAGCCUGCAGCGUGGCCUGUCCCACGAGCUGACAGAGGCUGGUGACAACCUUAGCAUUGGGCAGAAGCAGCUACUGUGUCUGGCUCGGGCUCUGCUUCGGAAAUCCAAGAUUCUGAUCAUGGAUGAGGCCACCGCUGCAGUAGAUCUAGAGACAGAUCAGCUCAUCCAGAUAACCAUCCGAAAGGAGUUCUCCCACUGCACGGUGAUCACCAUCGCCCACAGGCUGCACACCAUCAUGGACAGCGACAAGGUAAUGGUCCUAGACAACGGGAAGAUUGUCGAGUUUGGCAGCCCCGAAGAGCUGCUGGCAAAACCUGGCCCCUUUUAUUUCAUGGCCAAGGAAGCUGGCAUUGAGAAUGUGAACAGCACCGCCCUCUGACAGCAGGUCCCGUGGCUUGGAGAAGGACUAGAAGGAACAGUCCUUAUUUAAUUUUAUUUUGGGGAACUGUAUCACACCUUGAGGAGUGUGUGUAAAACGUACGUUUUAAAGAAGGAUCAGAAGGGCACACCGUGGACUCGCUCCCCAGGUGAAGGAAGUGAAUAUCACCAGCCUCAUCAGAAUCCGCCUUGCUAGCCUGCUACCCACCCCCAGCGGUACCACUAUCCUGAAUCUCAUAAUUAUCCCCUCGUUUUCCAUUUUAGUUUUGUCACUUUGUAUGUAUCUUUAAACAAUGUGUAUAUGCCUUUUAAGAAACGUAUGCAAAUG